AUGCCGGCUCAAGUUUUCACUCAGCUGGAAGCCGGGUUACUUAGUUUACAAACGGCAUCUUAUGUGACAUCUGCAGCAUUUUCGAUCUGGCUAUGGGAUAUCCUAAUAAACCUGGAUGUCGAACUCACCGUCCUAUGGCGGCGGAAAGGCGGUUUGCUCAAAACUCUAUACACUCUAGUUCGUUAUGCUCCCGGAACGCUAUUCAUUCCCAACGUCUACCUGUACUCUCCAAUGCGCGCUCAAUUGUCCAAAAAGUUGUAUUUGCGCAUCCACUGCUAUUAUCAUGUCUCUCACAGCGGGGUUAUGCAGUAUUUCUUAUUCACCGCUGUUCGCACAGCUGUGUUUGCUCUCCGCGUAUACGCUAUUUACCGAAGCAUCCACUGGAUGCGAAGGCUUAUAGUGGUCGUCGUCGGCAUUUGUCAUUUCGCUGUUCUCUCUCUCAGUGCCUUGGUGGCUAUCGACCUGGCCGGCCGUGUCAUAUGGAUUGGACCUUUGAGCUUAUGCGCGACUCCCAAUCCACCUGUACGACUCUUCUCCCUCUUUUACGGCUCGACACUUGUUGCCGAACUUUUUCUCGUACUAGCUACGCUUUAUCAUGCAAUAUGUUUUCGUCGCGAUCACCCGUCCUUGGAGGGUACGGCAACAGGAGUCGUUGUCAGGACCUUGCAUAGAGAAGGAUUCAGCUACUUCGCGUUCAUCUUCACGUCGAGAUUCGUCAUUUGCACACUGAUCUGGAGCCACCCGUCGCUGACGGUCCUGAUUCUAGUAUAUAUCGAAUUCGCAGUGAUCAGUACCCUUACGAGUCGUUGGAUACUCUCGUUCCGACAACUCGCUAUCAGUUUCUGGGAAGACCCUGCCCCAGAUGGAAUACAGUUCACUACAGCGACUGUAACUGGAAUUCCAGUAACCACUUUCGGUGUCGUAGAACACAGUAUGAGCUUUGCCUUGUGGAGUACUAGGACAGACGCGCUGGAGCUCACCCAAAGCCACAGCUAA